CAAGUUGAAUUAAUUAAACGGUCAUGACGUGCUACGUGUCAUUUUUCAACUUCUUAGGUUUCACUUCACUAGAGAAUGUAUUAAGCGAGAUGGGACCAUUGUUAUUGUUGAUGUUAAUUUGAUCUUGCAAUUUUUAUUGCUAAUUUUUGGAAAACAAUAUAAUUUACUAAAAAACAUCUGUGCAGCUGUGAUUUAUAGCUUUUAUGACAAAAACAUAAAAAAGGGAGGAAAAGUAUGCAUGUUUUCGGUAAGGAGCAAACUUCAUCGUGAUGGAAAGUGAAAAACAACAAGAAAACGGAAAAGUCCAUGUGGUCAGUGAGGAAGGUCCGACACACGUAGUCACCAUACCUGAUAAGACGAAACACGUGGAAAUGACGGGAAGUCGGAACAAACUGCUCGUGUGUGCAGCUGGGACGUUCCUCUGUUACUUUUAUUAUGGAAUUGUUCAGGAGUCAAUAACAAAGGGAAAAUAUGGAGAGGGAGAAAAGACAGAGAAAUUUAAGUAUACACUGGCCCUUGUAUUCGUCCAGUGUAUCAUCAAUGCCAUCGCAGCAAAGAUUGCCAUGUUUUGGCAGAAGGAAAGGGACACUACUCCUGGCAGGAUGUUUUCGUUUUGUUCGAUGUCCUAUCUGGGAGCUAUGUUAGCCAGUAACCAUGCAUUACAACAUGUCUCAUACCCAACUCAGGUUUUGGGAAAAUCAGCGAAGCCCAUCCCAGUGUUGAUCCUGGGGAUCCUGUUUGCCCGGAAGCGGUACCCCGCAGCCAAGUUCUUGUUUGUUUUAAUGAUAGUCCUGGGAGUAGCCAUGUUCCUGUACAAAGACUCGGGAAAGACCCAGAAAUCUGAUCAUGACAGCAUAAUUGGUGUGGGAGAACUUUUACUGUUGGUGUCCUUGUCACUAGAUGGUGUUACAGGAGCUAUACAGGAGAGGAUGAGAUCUGAACACAAGACCGGGGCCUUCAGUAUGAUGUUUAACAUCAAUAUAUGGUCUAUAUUAUGGUUAGCCAUAGGUUUAGUUGUCUCAGGAGAGGGUGUGGCAUUUCUAGGUUUUAUGGAGAGACAUCCCUCUAUACUUUUACAGAUGAUGACAUUUGGUUUAGCUAGUGCUGCUGGUCAGACAUUUAUUUUCCUCACCGUAUCAACAUAUGGACCAUUAACUUGCUCCAUCAUCACAACUACGCGAAAGUUUUUCACCAUUUUGGCUUCAGUGAUAAUUUUCCAGAACCCCAUGAACAGCAGGCAGUGGAUGGGAACUGUAUUAGUGUUUACUGGACUUGGCUUAGACAGUGCUUAUGGGAAAGAAAAGAAACACCACAAGUGAAGACCAAGAAAAACAAUUCAAACACUACUACAAAUAUCCUGGCCUGGAUAGGAAUAAAAAUAUUAAGGUUUAUCUGUGAAGAAGAGAAUAUCAUUUUUUGAGGAGAGAGAUAUUUUUGGGGGGCAUUUGUGAAAGUGAUUGAAAUGUAUGACUUGUUGCAUUUGUUUUUAAGUGCUUUGAGUGAAAGAUAAACCCAGACCUAGAUGGUUCUGUGAUAUUAAUCAAAUUAUUGAUUAUACACACCUAACUGUUUUCUGAUGUGUAUUUAUUUUGUACAAAGAUCUGAGAAAGUAUGAACUACAGAAAUAAGUGCAUGUCUAUGGCAUGAUUGAAAACGGAUGAUAAGAUGAUGUUCAAAAGAUAAGAGUCUACGCAGUUGUUGUUCAAAGAAUAAUAAUAACAUACAUGUAUGUUAGCAGAAUUUGAACAAAUAAUUUUUUUAUAUGGAUUGACAAAACAUUAGACAUUGUUGUUAUAUCAUAUUGUUAUGAAAACCACUUCAUAUUAAUGUCAUCAGUGUUUUUAAGGUGUAUAAUGUUUUCAGUAUUUCAGGUUAAAGGGAUUUAUCAAUUUUAUAUUUGGACCAUUCAGAUUUUGAUGUUAUUUAAAGCUUAUGUGUUAAGGCAUUGGAAGUCCUCCAUAUGUAACUGUAUUCUUUAAAAGUUAUAUUUUUUAUGAAGUAAAUGUUUUGUUUUUGCAGAAA